AUGGCUCUGCCGAUCAUCAGCCACCGGAGCACCUUACCGGGGGCUGCUCCCGUACCGGUCGGCGCGGCCGGUUGGGGUUUUGGCAAGGAGGGUGCUGCCUACGCCAGCACCAAACCGCGCUGGGACCUGGUGGACAGGGGCUAUUCUGGGGACAGCGGAGGGCUGAGGGGAGCUGGACGUUCUUUUUCCGCUGCUCUGGGCAACUGGUUUCUGUGUCCUCCCGCUCGUCCCCUUUGCUUCAAUGUCCUGACAACCCCUUUUCUCCUGCUCUUCAUCCUCCCUGGGGUGCGGCUGCUCUCCCGCUGUGUCUCCGCUGCCCGGCUUGUGCGUGCCCCCAGCCGGCGCAACCCCUUGCUGCGGGGCAUAGUGGGCAUGGAGAAGCAUGGAGGUGACCGAGUCAUGGAGGAAAAAGCACUUGAAGGUUAUGCAAAGACGCGUCCGGCUCAGGAGGUGCGAGAAGCUGGAGCCCAGAGAGGAUUUGGGGUCCAGGUCGCUCCCUGCGACUCCUCUUCAGGCAUUUGCUGUGGCCAACGGCAGACGGGGCCGCGGGGCAAUGGGACCUUCAUGCUUGUCCCCGAGCCCUCUCACUGCCUGGAGCUGCUGCCACUGGAGUCCAUGGCGUACACCAUGACUCCCACGCCGACGGGGCCCGUUGGCUCCCAGUACUGUGUCUGCAAAGUCGAGUUGUCCGUCUGUGGCCAAAACCUUCUGGACAGGGAUGUCACUUCCAAAUCUGACCCCUUCUGCGUCCUCUUCAUGGAAGUUAAUGGGAAGUGGGUGGAGCUUGACAGGACAGAGACAGCUGUGAACAACCUCAACCCAGCUUUCGCCAAGAAGUUCAUCGUUGACUACCACUUUGAAGAAGUGCAGAAGCUCAAGUUUGCCCUGUUUGACCAGGACAAGUCAAGCAUGCAGCUGUAUGAGCACGACUUCCUGGGCGAAUUCUCCUGCACGCUGGGCAUG